AUGGCGAGCUUCGUGAGGGGCCCCUGGGGCCCCCCCAGGAUCAUCGCCAGGGCCCCCCCCCAGCGUGGCGCAGCAGCAGCAGCAGGAGCUGCUGCUGCUGCUGCUGCUGCACACACCAGCGCUGCCUCCAGCAGCAGCUGCAGCAUCAGAGGGGAUCGCAGCAGCAGCAGCCACAACAGCAGCAGCAGCAACAGCAACAGCAACAGCCACAGCAACAGCAGCAGCAGCAACGACCAUAGUAUAAGCAGCGGGAGAAGCAGCAGCAACAGCAGCAGCAGAUACCACAGCAGCACCACCAACAACAACAUCAGCAGCAGCAGCAGCAGCAGCAUUCCGAAUGUGAUCACCUUCCCUCUGCCGCUGCUGCUGCAGCAGCAGCAGCUCCCGCAGCAGCAGCAGCAGCAGCAGCAGCAGCAGCAAAGUGUAUUUGUUCGUCGCCUUCCUGGGCGUCCGCUGCGCCUGCAGAAGCUGCGCCCGCUGCAGGUUCCUCCCAAACCCAGCAGCAGCAGCAGCAGCAGCAACAGCAGCAGCAGCAACAGCAGCAGCAGCAGCAGCAGCAGCAGCAAGAAGCAGCAGAAAGGGGGCGUGAGACAUGUCUCCGAGAUGCUGUGCAGGCUGGCGAGGAGACAGCUAAAAAAAGGAGACACCGCGGCUUUUCUUGCUUCUAUAGAAGCUGCUACUGUAAACCCUAAACCCUAA